AUGAUCCAAAGGCAGAAUGAGCAGAUCAAGAUGAUCAAGGAGAAGAUAAAGGCUGCACAGGAUAGGCAAAAGAGUUACUAUGAUAAGAGAAGGAAGUCGUUGGAGUUCCAGGUAGGAGACCAUGUGUUUUUUAAGGUCUCACCUGUGACCGAAGUUAGCAGAGUCCUGAAAUCUCAGAAGCUAUCUCCUAAAUUCAUUAGGCCAUUCGAAGCACUGAGUAGAAUUAGUCCUACAGCUUACCGGAUAGCGUUGCCUCUGAAUCUCUCAAAACUACAUCUGGUGUUCCAUGUGUCACAACUUAGGCAGUAUGUGCCAGAUCCUUCCCAUGUGAUUGAUCUCGACCCGGUUCAAGUAAGAGAAGACUUGUCCUAUGAAGUAUAUAUGGUGAGGAUUGCAGACCACCGUACUAAGCAGUUGAGGGGCAAGGAAAUCUCAUUGCUAAAGGUGAUUUGGAGCUUAAGUGAUGAGGGAGAUGCCAUCUUGGAAACGGAGAGUAGAAUGAGAGAGUUAUACCCGGAAUUGUUUGUGUAA